AGGGGGCGAGGGGAGGGCAGCUCGUGGUUUAAAUGUCUAGCAGGCCCGACCUUCAGCCAGUUUGGAGAGCAGCACAGGUGAGCUACCUGGGACCUCCGUGCCAGCGCCGAUUCCAGGAAGGUCCAGUGCGGUGCCAGCCUCCUCCAGCCCAGGAUGUCCCUGAAGGCUGUGGUCCUGACCCUGGCCCUGGUGGCUGUCACCGGUACUCGGGCCGAGGUCAAUGCCGACCAGGUGGCCACUGUGAUGUGGGACUACUUCAAGCAGCUGAGCGACAACGCCAAGGAGGCCGUGGAGAACCUCCAGAAGUCUGAGCUCACCCAGCAGAUCAACUCCCUCUUCCAGGACAAACUCGGGGAAGUGAACACCUACGCUGGGGACCUGCAGAAGAAGCUGGUGCCCUUCGCCACGGAGCUGCAUGAGCGCCUGGCCAAGGACUCCGAGAAGCUGAAGGAGGAGAUUCAGAAGGAGCUGGAGGACCUGCGGGCCCGGCUGCUGCCCCACGCCAGCGAGGUGAGCCAGAAGAUCGGGGACAACGUCCGCCAGCUGCAGGAGCGCCUGGGGCCCUACGCGGAGGAUCUGCGCACCCAGGUCAAGGCUCAGACGGAGCAGCUGCGGGGCCAGCUGGUGCCCUACGCCCAGCGCAUGCAGAGCGCACUGCGGGAGAACGCCGACAACCUGCAGGCCUCGCUGACGCCCUAUGCCGAAGAGCUGCAGACCAAGAUCGACCAGAGCGUGGAGGAGCUCAAGGGGCGCCUCACGCCCUACGCCGACGAGCUGCAGGCCAAGAUCGACCAGAGCGUGCAGGAGCUGCGGCAGGGCCUGUCCCCUUUCGCGCAGGAUGUCCAGGAGAAGCUCAACCACCAGCUGGAGGGCCUGGCCUUCCAGAUGAAGAAGAACUCGGAGGCGCUGAAGGCAAAAAUCUCCGCCAGCACCGAGGAUCUGCGGCAGAGGCUGGCGCCCGUGGCCCAGGACGUGCGUGGCAAGCUGAGGGGCAACACGGAGGAGCUGCAGAAGUCGCUGGCCGAGCUGAGCAGGCAGCUGGACCAGCAGGUGGAGGAGUUCCGCCGCAACGUGGAGCCCUACGGCGAGACCUUCAACAAAGCCGUGGUGCAGCAGGUGGAGGAACUCAAGGAGAAGCUGGGCCCCCAUUCGGGGGACUUGGUAGGCCACUUGAGCUUUCUGGAGAAGGAUCUGAGGGACAAGGUCAACUCCUUCUUCAGCAGCCUCAAGGAGCAGGAGAAACAGGACGUGCAACGGGCUCUCCCCGAGCAGGAGCAGGCGCCCGCCCCCCUGGAGAGCUGAGCUGCCCCUGGUGCUGGCGCCCUACUGCGGCCACCUGCCCUGCCGUGCCACCUGUCUGUCUGUCUGUCCCAAAGCAAC